GAAAAGUGAUGCGGCAGAAGAAGCUUGCUCGUAUCUGGGGUCAGUUCUUGGUAGACACCCCUUAUUCUCAACAGAGCUGGACCUGAACAUGUGGACAUCAGAUGACUUAGUAUUAAAAAAAAUCUGUGCUCUACUGCCAGACUCACACUGCAGAUUUAGGAAGCUCAAGCUCAACAACAUCUUACAUACAGUGGAGGGCUGUAAGGCUUUGGUUUCUGCCCUUACAUUAAACCUCUCAUAUCUGAUUGAGUUGGAUCUCAGUGGGAAUGAACUACGAGACUCAGGUGCUAAUCAGAUCUCUGCUAUGAUCAGGAAUCCAGAUUGCAAACUACAGAGCCUUAGACUUUGUAACACUGGAAUAAGAAAAGAAGGUUGUGCUGCCCUUACCUCAGCUUUGAAAUCAAACCCCUCUAAUGUAAUACAGCUGGAUCUCAGUAGGAACCAAGUAGGAGACUUAGGAAUGAAGCAGAUUUCAGCUCUACUCAUUAAUGCGGACUGCAAAUUACAGAGACUGCUACUUAGUAACAACAAGAUAACCGAAGAAGGCUGUGCUACUCUGACUUCAGCUUUGAUAUCAAACCCCUCACAUUUGAUACAGCUGAAUCUGUGUGAGAAUAAACUGGGAGACUCAGGAGUGAAACAGAUUUCGUCCUUUCUCAGUAAUCCAGACUGUAAACUACAGGAACUAGGGCUAAGCUCCUGUGGUAUAACGGGUGAGGGAUGCACUGCACUGGCUUUGGCUGUAUCCUCAAACCCCUCACACCUGACACAGCUCGACCUGAGACAGAACCCUCUAAAUUCCUCUGAGGUAAAGCUGAUCUCUUAUCUCCUGAAAGGCCCCAACUGCAAACUUCAGACACUAUGGUUGGACCCUGGAUCAAAAAGUAAAUUUGUGAAGAAGAAAAAAUAGAAGACUGCAUCAGAUGAACACAGCCGUGCGUACUGGAUUCUACCUGCACAGAACUGCUCAGGGGAGACCGUUACAAGUGAAUCUCCCUCCCCCCUAAUACCUCAGAAAGAUAUUGCUGAAUUAAUCCACAGCCCAGCUUUCAGCUCAUUUUGUUGGGUUCCGUCUGCCACACUACAAAUGUUUUAAGGGACAUGAGUUUCGGUUUGAGAUUACGUCCAGACCAAGCUGCAGUAAAUCAGCUUGGGCAUACCUAGUACAUGCCUAAAUGCAUUAUGUUGCCACCAUGAGAUUGCCAAUUUGACAGGUGUGCGGAAAAAUAAAGUGACCAGUGAUUCUAUCCUCUCAUGACUAUACUAUUACUAUUACCAGGUAUAUUAUUUGUAUAUAACUAAUAUUCUACAUGUGCACUGUCAUCAUCAGCCCAUGUAAAAAGUGCAUGUACAUACAUACAUGUACAUAUUCCAUAUAAUGUAUUGAUUUAUUUUGUCACAAUUUGUAUAUUUCAAUUUGAACUUACCAUUCUUCUGUUUCCUGUCCUUUGGACUCGUGGACAAGCCUGGACUGUUGGCUUGCAGCGUUGCACUUUUUGAUUGCAUUUCUCCUUUUUAUUAUUAUAAUUUCCGUUACGUUGAUGUCUGUCGAAUCUAUGUACAUAUGCUAAUCUGGGCCCAGGGGUAGAAAUGCUGGGAUGACAUACAGUAAUUUGUACAUUUCCUUUUGGGAACAAUACCUGUUAAACCUUUUGGAUGUGUAUUUUGUUGUGAUAAAUAAA